GAUGUGUUUAACGUGCUGCCGGUGAACUGGGGGAUCUGGGGUCUUUACACCUUGAACUGAGACGCUGUGCUGGACUCCCUGGAUAUAUUGUUCUUCUGGGAUUAGCGUCGGACUGAGAGUUUCGUCCACCUUCCCGUUUUCCGCGAGUUUAUCGCCAUGUUGUCAUCUGUUCCUACCAGGCUACUAACGCGAAGGUCGCGCAGCCUGUCACCGUGCAGUCGCGUGCUCCAGACCAGCGGCGCCACAAGAAGUCCGAGCAUCCGCGACUCACCGGCGGAGACGAACCGCCACCCCGUCAUUUCCACGUCCCGGGUGUCCAGGAGGGGGAUUCUGUCGGAGGAGACCUCGGGCUCGAGUGUAAACCCAUCGGUGCAGUAUCACCACCUCGCCCCAAGAUGGCUGUCGAACCUGGAGAACCGCCGCAGCUCGUGGGCCGCUUUGGCCAGCAGGGGGCGCAACAACAACCAGUACUGGGAGGACGGGGGUCGAGGCGGAGCAGCUGGCCGCGCAGGGCUCGCCUCUGCCGGGGUGCUGUCGGCAGCAGCGCUGGCCUUCUGUCUGAGAAAAGACUCCGAUAACAAAGGUGAUGCUCUUCUGGAGGCAGCAAGGACAAGUAACCCAGAGGAUGUGACCAGGCUGAUAAAAGAAGGUGUGGAUCCAAAUCACCGUCACCGUCUCGGUUGGACCGCACUCAUGGUGGCAGCGAUGAACCGUCAGCACAGUGUGGUGAAGGUUCUUCUCCAAGCUGGUGCCGACCCGAACGCCGGGGAUGACUUCAACAACGUUUACGACACCUCCCGGGAAAAAGGCAUCCACUCACUAGAAGUCUUGGUGUCCAGGGAGGAUGAGUUCAGCAGCAGGCUCAGCAGCAGAGCCGGUUUCCGUGGCUGCACCGCGCUUCACUACGCCACACUGGCUGAUGAUCCACACGCUGUCCGCAUGCUGCUGGAGGCCGGUGCCAACCCCCUGCAGACCAAUGGUUUGGGACACACACCACGAGCCUAUGCUAAGGAGGGAGAAGUGAGCACAGUGCUGCAGGAGUGGGAGGGCAAGUUCAAGGAGUUGCAGGCUCGACGAGAGGCAGAGGAAAGGAGGAGAUUCCCCCUAGAGAGGAGGCUGAAGGAGCACAUCAUUGGACAGGAAGGAGCCAUCAAUACGGUGGCUUCAGCCAUCAGGAGGAAGGAGAACGGUUGGUACGACGAAGAGCAUCCUCUCGUAUUUCUCUUCCUUGGCUCAUCAGGAAUUGGAAAGACAGAGUUGGCCAAACAAGUGGCUCGGUACAUGCACAAAGACGUUAAAAAGGGUUUCAUCCGCAUGGACAUGUCCGAGUUCCAGGAAAAACACGAGGUAGCGAAGUUCAUUGGCUCACCUCCAGGAUAUGUAGGACACGAGGAAGGCGGCCAGCUCACCAAGUUGUUGAGGGCGUGUCCCAAUGCUGUAGUGCUGUUUGAUGAAGUGGAUAAGGCUCACCCUGACGUUCUGACCAUCAUGCUGCAGCUGUUUGACGAGGGGCGUCUUACAGACGGUAAAGGCAAAACCAUUGAAUGUAAAGAUGCACUUUUCAUCAUGACAUCAAAUGUGGCAAGUGAAGACAUCGCCCAGCAUGCUUUGCAGCUCCGGCAGGAAGCUGAAGAGAUCAGCCGCAGAAAGCUGGUCGACAACCUUGAGGACGUGCAGAAAAGCGAUGACGUCAAAAUCUCCCGACAGUUCAAAGAAACGGUGAUCCAACCGAUCCUGAAGGCUCAUUUCCGGAGGGACGAGUUUCUCGGUCGGAUCAAUGAAAUUGUGUACUUCCUGCCGUUUUGUCACUCGGAGCUGCUACAGCUGGUCAGCAAAGAGCUCAGCUUCUGGGCCAAAAAGGCUAAGCAGCGCCAUGACAUCACUCUUCAGUGGGAUCGCCCAGUCCUGGACCUGUUGGCAGGCGGAUACAACCUGCACUAUGGUGCUCGUUCCAUCAAGCAUGAGGUGGAGCGGCGGGUCGUCAACCAGCUGGCUGCAGCGUACGAGCAGGAGCUGCUGCCCAAAGGCUGCACGCUGCGCCUCUCCGUCCAGUCAGAAGGCCAGGAAGAGCGCGGCGCCCCCAGUCUGCGCCUCGAGGUGGUGGGAGCGGACAGUUCAUCAAGAACCCUGGACAUUCGUCCACCGCUCAAUCCUGAACACUGACAUCCAGCUAAACAUCUGCACCAAGCGACACGACGAUAGACCUCUGAGACACCAUUUUCCUCCUCACGAGUUCUAAAAGUUAAGCUGGCUGAUCAAUAAAAUGU